AUGGCGGUCACCGUUGCAGCUUCCGGCGGCUCCAAGGGCAAAUCCACUGAUAAGGGCCGUGGAGAGCAUUUCCUGCGCCAGGAAUCGCGAGUGGAGAAUAUGGAUUAUAUGAUCGGCCAACAAGUAUGGAUAAAGGUGGAGUCAGAUGAGUUGUUUGCACUGGCGACUGUGAAGUCGUUUUCUUCUGACAAAGUGUCAGUGUCAUACAAUGGUCAACAGAUGACUGUGCCGUUCAAUCACUGCCUGAACAUAGAUGUGAUGAACGCUCCUCUGGAAACGCAUGACCUUGUGAAGUUGCGUCAUGCGAACAGUGCUGUAGUUUCUGAUAUCUUGCGCACACGUUUUAUGUCUAACAUCAUCUAUACCUAUGCGGGUAAGCUACUGGUUGUGCUUAAUCCGUUUUGCCUAAUCCCUAACCUAUACGGCAAGAACGUGAUCGAACGUUACCGUCGUUGCGACACUUCUUUAGGUUUUCCUUCAGAUGCACCACCUCACACUUACGCUGUAGCGCAGUGUGCCAUUAACGGUCUCUUACGUAGUGUCCAAUGCCAAUCUUGCAUUGUGAGUGGUGAAUCUGGUGCCGGUAAGACGGAAACUGCGAAGCAGUUGAUGGACUUCUUUGCUCAUGGUCCAGCACAAGGGUCAGACUCUGUUCAAAAGGUGGUAUUGGGUUCCAAUGUUGUCCUGGAGGCAUUCGGUAAUGCUAAAACGUUACGUAACAACAACAGUUCCCGUUUCGGUAAGUUCGUAAAGAUUUUGGUAGCUCCCGAGGGUGGUCUGAGAGGUGGUAUCAUCUGCAGUUACAUGUUGGAGUUAUCUCGUAUCGAGUUCCAAAGUGAGGGAGAGCGGAAUUACCACAUUUUUUACCAAUGCCUGAAGGGUCUUAGUGCCGCUGAGAAGGAGUCCUUUGGGUUUCGGUCUAUGGAUUAUUACCGUUUUUUGAGUGGUGGGAAGUGCUGCGACGCUCCUGGUAUUGAUGAUGUUAAGGACUUUGCAUCGGUACGUAAUGAGUUGGAGCAGCUAUUUCCAGCGGGUGGUUUUGACGACUGUAUGCGUUGUAUAUCCGGUAUUCUGUUGUGUGGUAACAUUGAGUUCACUGAAGUGUCUGCAUUGGGUGUUGAGAAUGCGGCAUCAGUGUCUACCCGCGGCGACUUUGAGCAGAUGUGCAAGUUGCUGGGUUUCAACAGUGAGCAGGCUGAGCGUGCUCUAGCUACUAAGGUUGUGACCAUUCAGGGCAACAGCAUUGUGUCUGCGGUAACGGUAGCUGCCGCAGAGGUGAAUGUGCGUGCUCUUGCGAAGGACUUGUAUGGUGCCUUGUUUGAAUUUUGCAUCGACAAGAUCAAUAGCAUUAUCCAGUUCGAUGACAAUGCGCAGCGUUGGAUUGGCAUUCUGGAUAUUUAUGGUUUCGAGUACUUUCAGCGUAACACUUACGAGCAGCUGCUUAUUAACUAUGCUAAUGAGCGUCUGCAACAAUAUUUCAUUAACCGUGUGUUUGCGUCUGAGAUUGCGGAGUAUGAUGCUGAGGGCAUUGACCAUUCUUCUAUUCAUUAUACGGACAAUUCUGAGGUAUUGCAAGUUUUAGACAAGCCCAACUGCUCCGUUUUUUCGUUUUUAGAGGAGCAAUGUUUGAUCCAGACAGGUUCCUCCGAGAAGUUCACAGCAAGUUGCAAGUCUAAGAUCAAGAACUCUUUAUUUGUGCCUGCGCAAGGUUCAGUAUGCCGCUUCACCAUUGUGCAUACAGCUACGUCUGUGACUUACGACACUGAAGAGUUUGUUCCGAAGAACAAACACAAGCUGAGUAUUCCAAUUGUUGAGCUGCUACAAGGUUCGUCUAACAGUAUCGUCCGCGCAAGUGCUGGUCGUAUUCCUGCUGAGACGGGUAACAUGAAAGGUAAGUUCAUGGGUUCUAAGUUCCAAUCGUCGAUUGGUGCUUUGAUGCGGACUCUUAAUGAGACCCAGUCUCACUUCAUCCGUUGCAUUAAGACUAACCAGAAGAAGCAACCUCUUCUUUACGAGGCUGGUAACGUGUAUGGUCAGCUGAUAUCUUUGUCCAUUGUUGAAGCUAUUCAAACUAUCCAUCGUGGUUUUGCUUACCGUGCACCUUUUGAGAAGUUUUUGAGUGACAACGAGUUUCUGAAUUCUUAUGCGAAAGCGUCUUCGUCUGAUACUGCUGAGUUGAAGGUUACAAUUGAGACUAUUUUGCGCAGCCUCGGUAUCCCUGAAAGCGAUUAUCAGUUGGGUCAUACUAAGAUUUUCCUUAAGAAAAAUGGUUGGAUGUUACUUGAGAAGGCAUUUUUACAAUAUAACCAAACAUCCAAGCCUCUUUCUGCUGCGCUUUACAGCAUUUAUCGCGUCUGGCGUAACCGCCAACACCUUCAAAAUAGUCGAACGGCUAUCGUUAGGAUCCAGUCUAAUGUUCGCCGUUACUUGGUUCAGGCAACCACUUUAGUUUUGAAGGAGCGUAUAAACAACUUUGUGGGUCUUGUGUUGGUGUUUGAUAUGAUUUUGAACGAAGAUCCGCGUAUCGUCUCUGCUACUAUAAUCCAAUCUUGGAUACGUAUGCGUUUGUGUCGUAAUCGUUACUUGAAGCUAUUGGAGGCUAAGCGUGCUGAAGAGCGUCGUAUCCGUGCGGUUGCUAACUUGCGUCGAGUGCGUGCAGUUCGUAAUGCCAUGGGUGCGUCUCACUUUUUAUUGCGCAUUGCAGAAUUGCGUCGACGUGAGCGUGCUGCCACUACUAUUCAGUCAUGUUGGCGUAUGCACGUAGCGAUUCGUCGUUUGAACCACCUCCGUCUACGUCGUCUCACUAACUUUGCCGCAACGCUCAUCCAGAAGCAUGUGCGUGGUUACUUACAACGUCGCUCCUAUCGCCAAACACUUGCACUGCGCCCUCACGUAGUUCGUAUCCAAUCCGCCUUUCGUACGUGUUUAGCAAUAAAUCAUCUUGAUAGACACAUCGGCCCACGGUUACAGGAGAUCAGGCUUCAUCAACGGAUGAUGUCUAAUCUACGACUGUUUCAAACAGUGGUUCGUUCAGCUAUUUGUCAUCGUCGUUUAUUGGCCGCGAACAAUGCUGUGUUAUCGCUGCAGAAAUACUUUUGGUCUCGUGGCUGCAAUGAGGAGAUGUCUCGUGUCCAUAAUGCUAGUGCUACGAUAAAGUCAUAUUGGAGGAGUAACCGUGGUCGUUCUGUUGUGCGUGUUGAGCGUGAACGUCUGUUACAUGAUGCCGAACGCCAGUUGUUUGAACGUCUGAGCUGUGAGGAGACUGUUUGUGCGCACCGUAUGUUCGAUCGUUGUCGUAACAGUCCGAAUCACCGGUUACUUCCAGUUCAUGUUAACGUAAAUUCUGAUCAUCGUCCAGCUUACGCUGAUGGGUGGUCACCUUGUUUGGAAGGUUUGUUGACCAAGGGGCGUUCUUCCUUCCCAUGCAUAUCUUCCGUUGGCAUGUGUAGUAAGAGUAGCAUUGUCGUAUUAGAUGGCAGUGCAGUGUAUAGUUUCGGUGGAGCACGAUAUAAUGGCACUGCUCGUGCCUCCUCGGCGGAUGUCAAAUUGUUGGCGUCUGUACCGCCUCCUCUAAAGGUUCUAUCGGUACAUUGCGGUGCGGAUCACACUAUUUUGCACAUAAGUGACGGUACGCUUUACGGUUGGGGUGACAAUGCACACGGGCAAUGUGGCGUUACUCCUAGCAAAGGUUCUUUCGCUUAUCCCUCUCUGAUACGCAUGCCAGUUCGCAACGGUUCACCUGUUCGCAUCCGUUCUGUGAGUGCCGGGUGGUACCAUAACUGUGCAGUUGAUGAGUCAGGUGCAGUAUUUGUUUGGGGUAGCUGUCGCGAUCUGAACCUCCAAUGUUUCACUGAAGACCUACUAUUUCCUGUUGAGAUACCUGCUGGAGCAUGGAAGCAAGGGGAUGUUGUGGAUAGUGUACAAUGUGGUAACCGUGUUAGUUACUUAUUGACUAGGGGAGGUAGGGUGUUGUCUUUUGGUAGGACUACUAACGGUCAGUUGGGUCAUGAGUUUUGCGAACGAUCACUUCCUCGUGCUAUUUUAAUUCCCGGUCGUGUAAUAUCGCUAUCAUGUGGUGGGAAUUAUACUGUUGUUAUAACUGAUUCUUUUGAUAUUUUUGUGUUUGGUACGGUUUUGGGUGUUCGUGGAGGUCGUGAGGUUCGACAGCUGUUUGCUUCGCCCGAAGGUCUUUCGUAUGAUCGCAGUGCUUUGGGUUCACCUGCUAUGAGCAGUAGCGUAGGUCUUUGGGAAUGUAACUUGCUUACUGAGGAUGGAUUGAUUUGCGCGUGGCGUUAUGUGGUUCUGGAUGGCGGUUCUGCUCGUCCUAUACUGUAUCGCUACUCCUACCUCUCAGGUGUUGUGUCACGUGAUGUCUUUACGGUAUUUAGUGAGUUUUUAACCGCAACUUUUGUCGUCCUGUGA